AUGCUGGUGUUGAUUGCGACCUGGAGAGAAAGAAGUCUUCAUCGACCAAAUAAACAUUUCAUCGCUUGUCUGGCUGUCGCUGAUCUUUUGGUUGGUUUGUUUUUAGCUCCACUGAAGUUGUAUCAACUUCCGAUCAAUCAAGAUCUCAGUUAUAAAUUGCAAUAUAAAAUGCCCAUUCACCUCUGUCGUUUUGUGGUUUGGAUAGAUACAUUUGGCUUAACGACAUCCAUUUACACACUGACAUUCAUCAGUUUUGACCGAUAUCUCAAAAUCAGCAAACCGCUUAAGUACAUGUACCUGAUGACGAACUCUAGAGCAAAGAAAAUCGUUUUUGCCAUUGUUCUUAUUUCAACUGCCUUUGCCACUUACUCUGCGACUCCUCUUUCUAAAAGCGCAGGAAUUCUGGCUACCGGGAGCGUUGGUCCUUGUUUUACCAUGGAUUCCAAAUAUUUCUACCUUGUUUUGAUCGUAAGUAUGUUCCUUCUGCCUACCCUAGUCAUAUCGAUUAUGUACGCUCUAAUCUUUCGUGUUGCACAUAAGCGACAAAAAAUGUUGCGAAAUGGCGACAUGGGUCAAACAAACAUUAACCUGCAACAGCGAACAGCCAGUAGUACCCUUCGACAAGAUAUGAAAGUGAUUCGAAUGUUGGUGAUCAUCAUGGGAGUAUUUCUACUUUGUUGGAGUCCUUGGUUCAUUUCUGUCACAAACUGGGUGUUCGCUGACCAUUCAAAUUCGAGUGAAUGGAUUGAAAAUCCUAGCCGCUGGUAUGAGGUCAACAUAAUUCUUCAAGCCGUAAACACACCUCCUCUAUUCAACAGUCUCUGCAAUCCAAUCAUUUAUGCUUGGCUGGAUCAAACAUACAGAGAAGCUUUCAAACAUCUUUUUCAUCAAACCAUUAGUUGGUUUGGAUCGAGAUUCGGACGAAAGAAUUAA